AUACGCAUCAAUUUCCCCACAUCGCAGCAAUUACAUCAUUUACUGGAUUAUAACAUAGUCCGUCACCAUGUCCGCCAUACUUCCGACGACGCAGAAAGCUCUCCUGCUUACUGCCAAGCAGGGCACCUUUGCCCUCAAAACCAUCCCUAUUCACACCCCAGGCUCUGGAGAGCUAUUGCUCAAGGUCCAGGCCGUCGCACUCAACCCCGUCGACUGGAAAAUCCGCGCGAAUGGCAUCAUCGUGCGUGACUAUCCCGCCGUGCUGGGGAUGGAUAUUUCUGGCACGGUGGAGGUUGUAGGCGGGGACGUGCACGGAUUCGAACGGGGUGACCGAGUGGUCACCCAGGGCUUCCUGACUAAUACUCACGCAGGCUUUCAACAGUACACGCUCGCGAAUGCAGAUAUCACAGCCAAGAUUCCGGAGAAACUGUCCUUCGAUGCAGCUGCCAGUAUUCCCACCGGGCUCGUCACCGCCGCACUUGGGCUGUAUACUAGCGUCAUUCCCGCUGGCGUAGACUAUGGGAGUGCUGGACUUCACCCGCCUUGGGAGGAGGGCGGACGGGGCAAGUACGCUGGGACACCGAUAAUAGUCUUGGGAGCUUCCGGGUCCGUGGGCCAAUUCGCGCUUCAGUUAGCAAGACUGUCCGGGUUCUCACCUAUCCUUGCGACCGCAUCCCUUUACCCCGAGACCGUCUCAAACCUGCAUACUCUCGGAGCCACACAUAUCCUCGACAGGCGACUUCCCCUAUCCGCACUACGAGAUGCGAUUGCCCAGGUCACCUCUGCCGAAUUCCCGGUAGUCUUCGACGGGGCCUCUCUUCCGGAGACUCAAGCGCUCGGCUACGAGCUGCUCGCACCGGGCGGGUGUCUCGUCACUGUGCUCUAUCCGCAGGUCGGACAGAAUGAACGGGCGCAAGACGGAAAGCGUGUCGUUAAGGCAUUUGGACAGGCGAACUUCCCACCGGAGAACAGAGAGAUAGGGAGGAAGCUUUUCGGACAUCUGACAGCUUUCCUGCAGGAAGGUAUCAUAAAUCGCGUCGAGCUCCUCUCGUUGGGCUUGGAGGGCGUUGAAACUGGCCUUGAGCGGAUGCGCAAGGGAGAGAUGAGUGGCGUCAAGCUUGUAACGAGGCCGCAGGAGACAGAAUAA